UUGAGGUUUUUGUAGUUUUGGCGGGAAAACGCAUUUUUGGAGAAAAACAUGUUUUUUGCGGGAAAACGUGUUUUUUUGCUUUUUUGCGUUUUUGCGGUUUUCGUGUGAAAAAGAGAUUUUUCGGUUUUGGUAGGAAAAUGAGAUUUUUUCGGUUUUGGCGGGAAACCGUGUUUUUUGGUUUUUGCAGGAAACCACAUUUUUCGAUUUUGGCCGGAAAACAAGAUUUUCGGUUUUAACGGGAAAACACGUUGUUUUGGUUUUGGCGGAAAAACACGUUUUUGCAAUUUUAGCGGGAAAAUGUGUUUUUUUGUGUUUUGGCGAAAAAAUGUGUUUUGGAGUGUUGGCGUGAAAACAUGUUUUUGUGAUUUUGGCAUGAAAACACAUUUUUGGUUUUUGCGGAAAAACGCGUUUUUGCAAUUUUGACGGGAAAACACGAUUUUGCAAUUUUUGCGGGAAAAUGCAUUUUUGGAGUUUUGGCGUGAAAAAAAGUUUCUAGGUUUUCAUGGGAAAACGUGUUUUUGUAGUUUUGUCAGAUUUCGUAUGUGACAAAAAUGAUAUUAUGUUUAGGUUUGUAAUUUGUGAAUUAUAUUAUAGGCAUAAUAUACAUUAUACCAUUUUGAAUGAACCAUUUCCAUUCAAAUGAUCCAAAUUGGUUCAGAUGAAUAUAAUUUAAAAUUAAGCCUAAUAAAUUUCCAAAAAUCAUCGGGAUGAUCCAUCUGAAUGAGUUGCACUUUUAGUGCUUAAACAAACAAAAACUCAUCUUCAUCCAGAUAGAGAAACAAACGGGUCCAAAGUACAGCGAAAUGGAACUAAUUUAAACGAGGCCCAGAAAGAAUAUAAUUUAGCUCAUAUGUGUUAACACCGACUCAGCAUCCUCUUUAAUCUACACGUGCUAGCUGCAGAUGCAUCUUAGGACACGUUUAUCAACACGGGAUCUUCAUGUGAGACGACGUCUAUCCUGCUGCUCUGAUGCUUUUCCACCGCAAGCUCCGGCUCCGCCGUAGUCGAUUCACACAGAACUUUAGAACCCCGCCUUUUAUGAAACUCAUGAAUCUCUUUCAUAUCUCGUAUACUCUAAUAUUUUGCCUCAGCCGUCGUUUAUAACCAAGAUUCCUUCAACGCCGAUUGAUCACACUGGGAAAUACUCGAAAUUUGAUUCAAGAGGAGGAUUUUUAUCGGACCAUCAGUAGAGAUGCAGAUUCUACUAAACCUCCAAAGAAUCAACCGAGAUCACUCCAACAAACACAUAUUACUUUGUAUCAAGGAAACUUUACUCAUAAGCCUUUUUGGCUUACACAAGUGGGAGUAAAGAUUGAUUCCCAUAAGCAAGGAAUAAGAGCAUAAUCGGAAGGGGAAGAGACCCCAACCCAAGAGUCGAUCUAUUGAUCGAAUAUAUUAUAUAACAAAACGACAUCGAGCUCCCUUAUGAAAGAUAUUUGUUUGAUAAGAAGGGGGUCUCGAGAGAAAGUUCCCUCUCUAAAGGAAAGAGAGAAAGAGAGUUUAGAGCAUCUGCAUCGCAGUAUGCUGAGCGUCUCUUAUGUUGGGGGGGCCCACAAUUUUUGACAAAACCGUCUUCAAUUGUUGCAGAAGAAGAAACGUAUAUUGGAUGUAUGAUGUACUGUUUUGUGGGCCCCACGACGCGUGGCGGCCCACAAUUGGUUCUGUUUUUAAUUUUUUUUUUAUAAAUCAGAAAAAAUAAAAAUAAAAUUAAAAAAUUAAAAACCCAACCACGUUUCUGGGAUAAAGGUGCUCUUAAAUGCCGGUCUAGAAGUGUUUUAUCAUAUAUUUUUUAUAUUAAUAUACAUUUUAGUUUCAAUAUUUUAAUAUAUUAUGUGUGCAUCUUUAUUUGUGUGGCUGGUUGUUUAAUAAUCUUUUCAAUUGAAUUUGUUUGGAUCAAAUUCUAUCAUGACACACAUGGAUUUCAAAUAUUCUCUCGUGACCCUGUUUUAAUUUCUUUUUAUUUUACAUUAAAAUUUAAAUACAAAACAAGGGAAAAUAGCUAAAAGCCCAAACGAUUUUGAUUUAUUUACAAUCUAUGCCCUUACUAUCCCAUCCAUAAACCCGAUCCAUCUAAAACUCGAACCCUAUUCCCCUAAAUCCCUAAAUCGUAACAUAACUUCCCCAUUUUCUUCAUUUCACGAUCUCUGAAAAUUUUGAUCUUCACUCAUCAAUUCAACCAUAAAACGACAUCUAAACUAAGAUUCACCAAGAAAAAGAAAGAAUCCCCACCAAGAAAGAAGAAGAAAUCCUCACCGGCAAAGAAGAAUGGGGUUGAACCGGCUAAGAAGAAGAUGACUUUGCCGACAGAAAAGAAGAAGCGGGCUAGAUCGUCUCCAGCAGAGGAACACGAAGCAGACGACGGUGGGUCGUUGUCUCAACCCACGAAGCGGCCGCGUCUUACUUCAAACCGCAAAAAUCUUCAACCUAAUUCGGCUGCUGCCUCCGCUUCUCCAACUCUGGCCGCUUCUCCUACUCAACCCGACAAUGAGGAGACACCCUUAGGACCACCAGCCAGAUCAGAAGAUCCUUCACCAACGAAGAGACAAAAUCCGCUACACCAACAGGAUCCUCCGGAUGCAUCUCUUUCCCGGUCUUCCACUAAGGGCAGGACACCUUCUUUGGAACAAGGAUACAAUGAGGAAAUGGGAUCGCAUGGUGAGCCUCCCACAUCACGAGAACUUAAUGCUACAGAAGAGCAAAUAAUGGUAAGAAAUCAUUUCGAAAUCAGUUUUUGUAAUAUGUUACAACUAAGAUAUAUUGUAUAUAGAUGUACUAGUAAACCUAGUAGUAUACUUAAGAUAAGUGUAACUUGUACAAAUGAAGAAGUUUAAAUUGUUUUACUAAUACAACUGUGAAAUGUAAAAUUGUAUAACUGGUACAACUUCUUAAAAAUUUAACUAGAACAUGACAAUUUUACUUGUUUGACUAAUGCAACUGUAAUAUGUAAAACAAGUAUCACUCGUACAUCUUGUAAUUAUCUAACUAGUGAAACCUGGACAACUGUUAUUUGUAUAACUAGUAUUACUCGUAGAACUGUUAUUUGUAUAACUAGUAUUACUCGUACAGGUAGAACCUAUCUAAUAAGUAAUACUUGUACAACUAUUAUAUGUAUAACUUGUAGAACAUAUGUGUAACUAGUAUAACUCGUACAAAUGUCCUACGUAUUGCUUGUAUAACUCGUACAACUAGAACAUAUGCAGCUACAAGUAAACACAAAUCUAAGUAGUAUAACUUGCACUACUGUUUUUUGUAUUACUUGUUUAACUCGUACAACUUAAACAAAUUUAAGUAUACAACUUGUAAAACUCGUACAACUACGACUGUAGCAGAAUUUGUGUAUUACUAGUAUCACUCGUAUAUGUAUAACUUGUGUUACUCGUAGAACUAGCAAUCUGAGGGACAGAUUUGAGAUUAUGGAGGACUUGUUUGAUCAUGAUCGUUUUGACACUAGUGGAGGCCAAGAAAAUGAUGAUACUGAUAAAGAUGCCACAAUGGAGGGCGAGACUGAACCCGAGCAAAUGGCAGAAUAUGAUGCUGAUAAGGAGGCCACGAAGGAUGGAGAGAAUGAGCCUGAGAAAGAAAUCCAGGUUGAUGCUGAUAAGGAGGCCACAAAGGAGGGUGAUAAUGAGCCCAAGCAGAUGGCAGAAGAUGAUGCUGAUAAUGAGGCCACAGAGGAUGGAGAAAAUGAGCAUGAGAAAGAUAGCCAUGUUGAUGCUGAUAAGGAGGCCACAAAGGAGGGUGAGAAUGAACCCGAGCAGAUGGCAGAAGAUGAUGCUGAUAAGGAGGCCACAAACGAGGUUGAGAAUGAGCCCGAGCACGCACUGCAAGAGGAUCUUGAAGUGAUGGUGGCAACAGCAGAGAAGUUUGAGAAAGAAGUUUUGGAGAAAGAAGCUGCGGAGAAAGAAGCUGUGGAGAAGAAAGCUUCGGAGAAAGAAUCAACGGAUGAAAAGGAUGGAGAUGCUGAAGAAGAUUCACCGAAGAAGACGAAGAGGGUGCCAAAUCCUUCUCGUAUGAAGCAGUCUCCAUAUGUUGAGAAGUAAUCUAUGUGUGUCUUGUAUUUGGUUAUUAAACCUUUAUGCUACUUUUGGAUGUUGGUGUUUCUUUUGUCAAACAUAAGACUUGUGUUGCUGUUGUGAAACUUAAGACUUGCUGUUGCUUUUGUGAAACAUAGAACUUGUGUGUUUCUGAUUUAGUAGUGAACUUGUGUUUAUCAUAUUAUUGUUGAACUUGUUUGAACUUGACAGGUUUUUCGUAUAACUAAUACUACCAAGUAAACUAUGGCAAAAUUACUCUGACAUAUACAACUGGUACAACUAAAUAACAGAAGGUACAACUAUUGUUCUUAAAAGGUGUUGCACAUUUAAAAUGUGAUAAUCAACUAAAACAUAAUAACAAGUAGUUGUACCAGUAUUUUAGUUGUACAAACUAAUACAUAGUUAUACCAGGGUUUGAGUUGUAUAAGUUUGUUCAUAGUUGUAUUUUGGUAGAGAAUUUGAAUUGUGUAGUUGUACCACAUUAAAAAUAUAUAUAUCUCAGUUGUACAGUCUUGUAAUUCUUAAAUACAUUGAACCACAUACAAAGUAAUCAUUAAUUUUGUUAAAAUAUAUUAUGUGUACGUUCUCCAAAAAUAUAGUGAACAAACUAGUAAACAAACCUUUAAAUUAUAAGGUAGAUCAUAGAAACUUAUGUGAUUGUGUAAUAAUUGAAUUUUUUUGGGUAAAAAUUCAAAUAAUUAGGAUGGACGAAUCUUAGGACAUUCCAACUUAUAUAGUCUAUUGUUAUUUAAUUAUAAAAAGCCAAAUGGAGUUUUAAAAUGUCAUAUUUUAAGAAGUUGUACCAAUUGUACCAGUAUUUCCUUCCUCGUGUAUAUAAUGUAGUUGUCCUAGUAUUACAUCAUAUAGUUAUACUAGUUGUACCAAUACGACAACACAGAAACAUGAUUUUUAUGUUAUAUGAAGUUUUACCAGUUGUACCUGUCGUACCUAACAUAAACAACACAUUACAUAAAUAAGUUCCACAACACUUAAAUAAGUUCCACAGCUCGUAAAUACCAUUUGCAACCAACCCUUUAAUAUGUAAAGUCGAGGCAUAGACUUCACAAUGUCAACCU